AUGAUAGAUGGAAAAAGCUAUGGAAGGGUAGAAAAAGGUGGAAAUGAAGAAGAAGAAGCUGAGAGAUUUAAGAAAGUUUUGAAAGAUUUUAUGUCAAUAGGGUUUGUGUUAUGGGAUGCAUUUCCAAUACCUUUGUUUAAGUGGAUUGAUUUUCAAGGGCAUGUUAAGUUUAUGAAAAGGACAUUUACGGAUAUUGAUUGUGUUUUACAAAGUUGGUUGGAUGAACAUGUGAAGAAGAGAGAAAGUGUUGAUUUUGUUAAUGGAAAUGAAGAAGAUUUUAUUGAUUUUAUGCUUUCUAUGAUGAGUAAUGAAGAUUUUGUUGAUGGUUAUAGUAGAGAAACCACCAUUGAAGCUACUGCUCUGUAUCGACUCUCCAAAAACGUUGUCGCACCAAGGUCAGAUCCUUGA